GUUGAAUUUUUUAUUUUGUGGAAACGUACCUACUUAUGAGAAGUUCACGAAAAGAACUUCCAUAAAUAUUGAUUUGGUGUGGAUAAACCCGUUUAAAGCCUGAAAAUGGCAACGGUAGCACUAUCGGGACAUUUAGUCAGUAAAAUAAUACCUAAAAAUGGUUAUAUGGGAGUUAUUUACAUCGAGAGUUCGAAGUACAGCACCGACAGCAAACCCAACAUAGCUGCUUACAAGCGCGGAACCGGCGGCCGAAGCAGCUUCAAUGGUAUAGUCGCGACAGUGUUUGGUUGCAGUGGAUUUGUUGGCCCCUAUGUAGUCAACAGACUGGGUAAAAUUGGAACUCAGAUGAUUUUGCCAUACCGGGGAGAUUUCUACAAUGUUUGCAAGUUGAAGGUAGCUGGUGACCUCGGUCAAGUUUUAUUCACGCCCUUUGAUAUCCGGGAUGAAAAGUCAAUAGCUAAGGCAGUCCAGUACUCAAAUGUGGUGAUCAACCUCAUUGGACGCGAUUAUGAAACUAAGAACUUCAAAUACAUGGAUGUCCAUGUUGAUGGAGCUCGUCGCUUAGCAAGAAUUUGUAGAGAACAGGGUGUGGAGAGACUUAUCCACCUAUCCUAUCUGAAUGCUGAAGAGCACCCGACGCCACUGGUAAUGAAAAAGCCAUCCAUGUUCAAGAUUACCAAAUACCUUGGUGAAUGUGCCAUCAAAGAGGAAUUCCCAACUGCCACCAUCCUACGGGCCUCCGACAUUUAUGGGUCUGAGGACAGAUUUUUGAGGGCAUUUGCAUCAUUUUGGAGGAUUCAUUCUAACAUCAUGCCCCUGUACAAAAACGGCAAAGAGACAAUCAAGCAGCCCGUGUAUGUGGGUGAUGUGGCCCAGGCUAUUGUGAAUGCUGCCCGUGAUCCCGACACCAAGGCUCAGGUCUACCAAGCCGUUGGACCGAAGAGAUACAUGCUUUCCGACAUGGUGACAUGGUUCUAUCAACUCAUGCGCAAGGACAAGGAUUGGGGCUUCUUCCACUAUGACAUGAAGUAUGAUCCUAUUUUUCCACUGAAAGUGUUCCUUGCUAAUGCUGCGUCUCCAGCCUAUCCUUUCGGUUUUCUACAUUGGGAAGGUCUUGAAAAGGAGGCGACCACAGACAAGGUGAUAGCUGGUGUACCAACUUUAGAGGAUCUUGGAGUAACCCCCACACCCAUGGAAGAUCAAGUCCCAUGGGAGCUGAAGCCGUACCGGGUUCACCAAUACUACAUGGACCGCAUUGGAGAGUUCCCUAGACCUCCUAACCCCCCAAUACAACCAGCAAUUUAGAUUGUUUCAAAUUAUGUAGCUCUAUAAAUUCUCCCAAAUCAUAAUGUAAAUUGUAUAGUAAAAAUAUUAAUACUUA